AGCCGUAUCAAUGUCGUCUCUCAAGAAAACAGUUACCACAAGUAAAAACGCAGUUUUGUCUUUUCGCAUUCCACCAAGGACUUGACCGAGUUAACUCGAACUCGCUCAUGAACUCAGAAAACUGAGGCAUGCCCUUGGCCCUUAUGCCCCAGGGCGCACGAUAGACUCAAUCCCUUUGUUUCUGGGAGCUUCUUUUUUUUUUUUUUUUUAACCCUAAUAUUUAAACCUAACUUCUCAAAUUCCAUCUUUAAGAGCUCUGAAGAUCGAAGAAUUGCGUUUCGCUCUCUCUAUUUCUUUGCGAAAUAGAUCCUGAGUCUUGCUCUCUUGAAGUGCCGAUUUAGGAUUUUCGCUUGAAAAAUUGUGGAUUUCGUCUAUUUUCGAUCCAAUUUCAGGUAUCCAGUAUUUUUUUGAUUGGUGCUAGUCUGAUAAGUUUAAUCAACAUAAACUGUGGUAUUUUUUAAUCGUGCUCGCGUGAUAAGUUUAUUGAAAGAUCAUAAUCAGCAAUGGGGGGAUAUGAUAGACAGGAAGUUGAAGAUUAUGAUGAUUAUGACAUGGAAGGGGAAUAUCAAGAUGAAGCUGAAGAUGUAGAGGAAGAAGAGGGGGAGGAAUAUGAAGAGGAAGCUAGACAGCCUACACAAGAAGAAAUGGAAUAUCUGGAGUUAAGGCAGCGGUUGAAAGAUUCUAUCAGACGAAAGAGGAAACAAAGUAGUGCUGGUCUUUCUUCUCAAGAGAAGAGGCUUCCAUAUGACAAAUUUGGAUCAUUCUUUGGCCCUUCUCGGCCGGUUAUUGCUCAAAGAGUUAUCCAAGAGAGCAAGUCAUUAUUAGAAAACGAGAAUUUGGUAUCAAGGAUAUUGAGUUCCAAUCAAUCUAGUAAAAAGAACUCUGCUUCUAACAGUGCUGGACCAAAGCUUGGACAACGAGGCCAGGCGCCCAAAGUUACAAGUGAGCUCAGAAAGAGAGCUGAGAAACUUAAGAAUGCAAGAGAUUACUCAUUUCUAUCAGAUGAUGCAGAGGUUCCAACUCCUGCAAAAGAGCCUUUAGCUAGAAAUGUUUCUGUUCCAACCUCUGAGGCACAAUCAGCUCGAAUGCCACCAAAAAACAAAAAACCAUUGGGCAGCAAUAGUGGUAGAAAUGUCCAAGGCCUUCGUGAAGAAAGGAAAUCAGUUCCUUUGAAUGGUCAAAUGCAAAAAGGUGGUUCCUACAACCCUUCUUCUGCCAGUAAACCGAAUGUGAUGUCAAUGGAUUCUAAAAAGCAGCUUGGCGUUAACAAUGGUAUUGGGCCUGGCCGGCCUGUUGGUGUUAGCAAUGGUAUGGGGCCUGGCCGUCCUGUUAGUAUUAGCAAUGGAAUCAGGCCUGGCCGACCUGUUGGUGUUAGCAGUGGUGCCGGGCCUAAAGCUGUUCCUUCAAAGAUGCCUAUUGAAAAGAAGGAGAAGAAGAUUUCUGCAUCAGCACCUAGAAAUCUCCCACCCAGUGCACCUAAAGCACCUCCUUCAAAGAUUCCCUCAUCUGAUUCAAAACAGAAGUUUGAACUGAAAAAGGGAUUACAAGAACGUAGCAAGGAUAAGAUCAUGCCCCAAAGGCCUGCGGUAUCAUCAAAGCCUCAGGUGAACAAGCCAGUCAGGCAAAUCUCAUCUCACUCUCAUACUUCGUCAAAUGUUCAGCGACCUAAGAAAAAGCAGUUGAGUGAAGAUGAAAAGGCUUUAAUGAUGAUCAGAAACAUGUUCCACACCGAUAGAUAUCCAGUUUGUGACGACGAUGAUGAUAGUGACAUGGAGGCAAACUGGGAGGAGAUUAUGAAGGAGGAAAGAAGAAGUGCCAAAAUAGCGAGGCAGGAGGAUGAAGAACAAUUGAGGCUGAUAGAGGAAGAAGAGCGGCGGGAACGAAUGAGGAGGAUGGCCAAAAAGCGCAAGCUGAGCCAGCACUGACUGUUUCCAGGAUUUCCAAAGUCUAAAAUAAUUUUUUCUUUUGUCAUUUAUUAUGUAAACUAGUACAAGUUUAAGAAAGUUUUCAUUUAGUCCC